UGGUGUGACGUAUAAUGUAGUGGACGGAACGCUUCUUUCAUCAGCAGCAACAGUUAGUCAGACACCUCGGUAGCUUGAUAGACAAAAUAGACGAACCAAUAAACCGCUUUAGACGCUUUCGUGUUUAUUAGCCACUGUAUUUUAAACUGACUACUGUCGUCUAGUUAGUUAUCCGAUUUAAUUUAAUAUUUACGGUGUUGUUAUUAGUCAGCUAGCGGGCUGGUUAAGUUAGCAUUAGCCUAGCUAGCUAACAUCUCUGACCAUGAGUUCACUAAGCUGCUCUCCUCCUGAUAAAGAAGAGGUGGUCUGCUGGACGGAGAAAGAAGCUCUGGUGAAAGAGGAGGAGGAAGUUACAAUACAAAAACAAGUAGAGGGUGAGGCUGUUACGGUGAAAGAAGAAGAGAAAGACGUCUCAGUUAAAGAAGAGGAAGAUACGUUCAGAGUGAAAGAGGAGGAGGAUGUUACAGUAAAAGAAGAGGAGAAAGAGAAAGAGGAGGAUGCGGUUUUUGGAGUGAAAGAGGAGGAGGAGGAGGUGACUGUCACAUCCAAAAAGGAGGAGGAAGAAGACGAGGAAACUGGAUAUCUGUGCCCGGUUUCCCAAAAGCAUAUUCAGGCGUCCAAUGGUUCUAACCAUGAAUUUAGCCGUAAGAUGGUUUUGAGAAACCGGGCCCUGAUUAACACUAGAGAGAGAUGUGACUAUCGUGGAUCCUCUGGGGAGCCUCAACAACAUCAUGAGGCAGAGAAAAGUCUCUCCAGAUCAGAACUCCUCAAGAAACACCAGCAGAGACCCACAGGGAAGAAAUCUCACUUCUGCUCUGACUGUGGGAAAGGUUGCAAAUCUUCAUCAGAACUUAAAAUACACCAGCGAGUACACACAGGAGAGAAAUCUCACUGCUGCUCUGACUAUGGUAAAAGAUUAAACUCUUCAGUAAAACUUAAAAUACAUCAAAGAUUACACAAAAAAGACAAACCAUAUGGCUGUGCUCAAUGUGGGAAGAGUUUUUCUUCAUCUAGCUAUCUCAUUGUACACAAGAGAACACACACAGGAGAGAAACCUUAUAGCUGUGAUCAAUGUGGGAAAAGUUUUACUUCAUCUGGCCAGUUGACUUUACACCAGAGAACACACACAGGCGAGAAAUUGUAUAGCUGUGAUCAAUGUGGGAAGAGUUUUACUAGAUCUGACCAUCUGACUUUACACCAGAGAAUACACACAGGAGAGAAGUCUUAUAGCUGUGAACAAUGUGGGAAGAGUUUUACUAGAUCUGACCAUCUGACUUUACACCAGAGAAUACACACAGGAGAGAAAUCUUAUAGCUGUGAUCAAUGUGGGAAGCGUUUUACUAGAUCUGACCAUCUGACUAUACACCAGAGAAUACACACAGGAGAGAAACCCUAUAGCUGUGAUCAAUGUGGGAAGAGUUUUACCACAUCUAGCUAUCUGACUAUACACCAGCGGACACACACAGGAGAGAAACCUUAUAGCUGUGAUCAAUGUGACAAGAGAUACUCUGAUAAAAGAUCUCAGAUUAAACAUCAGAAAAUACAUGAAGGAGUUGUUUCAUGAUAUCAAUGAAAUAAUGUCACAAUAUAGAAUGUUUUAACAUUGCUGGAUUAUUUUAAUGAUGUCACAAUGUAGAACCCUAAAUGUUUCUCCCCUCUGUUCUAUUAAUUUCAACAUGAUAUUUUAUUUAUGAGAUUUUUUUUUUUAAGUGACAAAAAAGAGUUGUGUUACACUUACCACGUUGGCCACCCACUUGAGUCAAAAUGUAGCCAGAUGUUUUCUACAAGUUGUCCUCUAACCAGGGAUGUACACAUUACUCCCAGAUUCCGUGUGGUUUUUGCUGCGUUAGUUUUAACAGGACGUGCAACCUCAUCUCCCUCCUUUCGCACAAUGGAUUUCAACAUGAUAUUAAUGAGUGAUGACAAAUAAGUGUUGUGUUCCUUUGUUUAGCGACCCUACAUUUAAAUGCAUCACUCCAACAUGUAGCUGACUGUCUUCUGCAGGUUGUCCUCUAACCAGUGAGGUGAAAUAUAUCUCCCAUUUCCAUUUGUUUUUUUAGUUGUGUUCGUUUCAACAGCACGUACAGCCUGAUUUUCCCCCUAAUCGAUAUCAUUGAUUUAUUGCUACUUGUCAAAACAACAGUGUUUCUGGUGCUUGUGCAGUUUAUUUCAGGUGCUUGUUUAAGAAAAAUUCAAGUAAUAUGAUUAUUGUGGCAGAUGUUUGUGUAUAUAGCACAUUUUAUGUUUAGGCUUUCAAUACAUCACAAACUGUUUCUGCAUAUUGGUUAUUGAAAAUGGAAUGUAUAUGUUUAAGGUAAUGACUAAAGGAUUCCACCCUGAAACGUAUAACUGUGUAAAGAAUUAGAAUUAAUAGACUGUAAUUCUCUAAUGUGUGUGCGUAGGACAAGUGACAAGUUAAGACUUUACUAUUUAGCAAUUCAAGUGAAACAUUCAAGGAAAAGAGGAACUGUUAACAGACAGCUUGUGACAGACAACUUGUGACCACUGUAAAACUGAUAACAGGAAGGAGGUCUCCCCACCCAGGGAGGGGACAAACCGUUAGGCUUGCAGUAGAUUAUGUAACAUGUUUCAGGAUAUGAUAAGCAAUGUAUGUGUUGGAGAAGACUUGUAACCAGCAUUGACAGUGUUUGAGAAAUUAGGGGUAUUUAUAUGACCACAUGUGAGGUAUAAAAGGCUGUGUGCUUGUAUGAUUUUCGGAGCUCUCUGAAUAAAGAACUUACCCUUUGCAGAAA